GCGUGCCCAAUUGCAUCAAUACGGAAUAUAUUCUUGUCACGCGUGCCCAUUUGUAUCAAUACGCAAUGUAAUCUUGUCACGCAUGCCCAUUUGCAUCAAUACGCAAUGUAAUCUUGCCACAACACCGCAGCGCUCACCAUGGAAUUACAGCUUCCCCCAGCGGAAUAACAACCGGCUCCGUCGUCAUGCGUCACCCGCGCUGUUGUUGCCACGAGAAACCCUCAGCGUCGGAGUGGAGACAUCUUCAAAGGGAGACAGACGUAGCACUGCGCACCAGCAUCCUCGCUUCCGUGAAGAGCGAUAGCCACCUGCCACUGCGUUCAUCCGCCCCGAUGGCGUCGUUAUUAACCAGGGGAUCAGCCGGAAGGCUCCGAAGAGGACCAGAUAGGAGAAAGCAUAUGGAAGAAGAUGAUGUGAAAGAGAUUCCUGGGUUAGAAGACGAAGAAGACGUGGACGAAUUAACCUCCCAGGUGGCUGCACCUCCUCGUCCAAGCUUACCUAGGGUGCAGACAUUGAAGGAGCUGGAUCAGACUGUACAAUUCUCUCUUCCCACUCACACAGAAACAGGGAUUGACUUGAGCCUUCUCACAGCAGUCCUUCUGCCCGCGUCCCAGAUAGCUGAGGAGGAUGCUGUAUGGUCCCCAGAUGCUCUUCUGGCAGAGAUUGCUUAUGAGAUGAAUUCGGAGAUGGAGGACGUUUCCACUGAGAAGGAAGGGGAAGAGCAGGCGGCAACUCCCAAGCCAGUUCUCCGAGAUCGCCGCAACACAACCAUCCUAUCGGACUUGAGAACCAUUGUUAGCUAGGGUGUAAUUGCUAUAAAGUUAUAAACAAAGCCUCUCCGCUCCCUGUCAUGCGCAAAUUCCAGCAGCCCAACCCUUCCCCUCUGCAGAACAUGAAGCACACUUUCAUGUCCAAAUUAUGCACUUCCAUGAUCCAUCAAGGUUUUGCCGUUGGUACGUGAGCAUAGUUGCCUUAUGUGGUAACGUGUAAACGAAG